CUGACUGCGCUGCGCGCAAAGAGAGACACAACCCAAGAGAGACCAAGUUUGCUGCGAAUUUCAAUAUCUGUUGUAAAUCGACACAUGCACUUUUUAUGUUAUUUUUAUUCCACUUUACUUUCCUUUUAGAUAAUUUUUAUUCCACUUUGGAUAACAAUGCAAGUGUGUAUUGUGUACCUAAAUUGUUUUACAAAAACUGUUUGAAUCUUUCACAACUGGACAUGAGUCUUCUCUGUGAAAGCAGCUGAAAAGAUCUGAUUUUUAUGAAGAUGGACCGGAGGCUUCCGAGGAGGCGAUGGACGUUGACAGGGCAGGUUGUGUGUCUGCUCCUGUGUGCGUGCGCACUGGACCAGGUUUUGGCGCAGAUUCGCUAUUCAGUUCCCGAGGAGUUGGAGCACGGGGCUUUCGUUGGAAAUAUCGCAGAGGACUUGGGCUUGGAUGUGGCCAAAUUGUCCUCACGGAGAUUCCGGAUUGUAUCCGGAGCUAGAAAACAAUAUUUAGAAGUGAAUUUGGAGAACGGAAUUCUGUUUGUGAACGAGAAGAUCGACCGCGAGGAGCUGUGUGAACAAAGUCUCGUUUGUUUCUUGCACUUGCAGGUGGUCAUCGAGAACCCUUUGGAACUGUAUCGGGUAGAAGUGGAGAUCUUGGACGUGAAUGAUAACGCUCCCAGUUUCCCAUGGAGCGAGUUUAAUCUGGAGAUCACAGAGUCUGCUGCGCCGGGCUCCCGGUUCCCGCUGGAGAGCGCGCAGGACCUGGAUGUGGGCUCGAACUCUCUCCGCUCGUACUUGCUGAGCGCCAAUCAACACUUCGUGCUGGACAUUCAGACGCGUAACGACGGCAGUAAGUUUGCAGAACUCGUUCUGCAGUCGCCGUUGGACCGAGAGCAGCAGAAGACGCACGAGAUGGUGCUCACGGCCGUGGACGGUGGCUCCCCGUUGCGCUCGGGCACGGCACAGAUCACGGUAACUGUGCUGGACGCGAAUGACAACGUGCCGGUGUUCGACCGCUCCGUAUACCGGGUCAGCUUGGUGGAGAACGCGCCUAGAGGCACGCUCGUGCUCAAACUGAACGCCACGGACCUGGAUGAAGGCGCAAACGGCGAGAUCACCUAUUCGUUCAGCGGGCACGCACCUCCGAAGGUGCGCGAGCUGUUCAGCGUGGAUUCUCACUCGGGUGAGAUCCGGGUGAAGGGAAUCGUGGACUACGAGAGGGCCAGCGUGUACGAGCUCUACGUGCAGGCGAAAGACAAGGGUCCUUCAGCCGUGGCCGUGCAUUGCAAAGUGCUGGUCGAUAUUUUGGACGUGAACGACAACGCGCCCGAGGUCAUAUUAACCUCUGUGUCAACACCUGUUCAGGAGGACGCGCCUCCGGGCACGGUGAUAGCCGUGAUCAGUGUAAUGGACCGCGACUCCGGAGAGAACGGAGCCGUGGAUUGCCAGAUCCCCGGAAAUGUGCCGUUCCAGCUGCACUCCUCUUUUAAAAACUAUUACACACUCGUGACCAGCGAGUUUCUCGACAGAGAGUCUGUCUCGGAGUACAACAUCUCCCUCACGGCGCGAGAUCUGGGCUCGCCUCCGCUGUCCACCAGGAAGACGAUUCUGGUUCAAGUGUCUGACAUUAACGACAACCCGCCGCGCUUCAUUCAGCCCUCGUACACCGUAUAUGUGACCGAGAAUAACGCCCCGGGCGCUUCCAUUUGCUCGGUGACCGCAUUCGAUCCGGACUCUAAUCAGAACGCAUAUUUGUCCUACUCCAUCUUUGACGGUCAGAUCCAGGGCAUGCCGGUGUCCACUUAUGUCUCCAUCAAUUCUGAUAACGGCAACACCUACGCGCUUCGCUCUUUCGAUUACGAGCAGCUCCGGAACUUUCAGAUCCGAGUCCAGGCGCAGGACGCCGGUUUCCCGCCGCUCAGCAGUAACGUGACCGUCAACGUGUUCGUUUUGGAUCAGAAUGACAACGCGCCGGUCAUCCUGUCCCCGCUGCCCAGAAACGGCUCUGUUGCUACUGAAAUGGUGCCCAGGUCGGUGGACGCUGGGUACCUUGUGGCUAAAAUCACAGCGCUCGACGCGGACGCGGGGCAAAACUCUCGCCUGUCAUAUCAGAUGCUGCAGGCGACGGAUCCCGGGCUGUUCAGCGUGGCUUUAUACACCGGGGAGAUCAGAACGAUCCGCCGCUUUUUAGACAAAGAUGCCAUCAGGCAAAGACUCGUCAUACUUGUCAAGGACAACGGGCAGCCGCCGCUCUCGACCACCGUGUCCAUCAUUCUGUCGGUGGUGGACUCCGUGCCGGAGUCGCUGUCCGACUUCGGUGACCUCUCGCUCAGCCCCCAGCCCCCGUCUAACCUCGCGCUCUAUUUAAUCGUGUCACUGAGCACCGUCUCGCUCAUCUUCCUCGUGGCCAUCAUCGUCCUGGCGGCCGUGAAGUGCUACAAAGACCGCGACUCCCUCGGCGGUUACGCGCUCUCCUCGCUCGGUGCCGCUUGCUGCAGCUUUGAACCGGAGCCGCCUGCCGAGGUGUUCAAAAAGUCUAAUCUCAACCUGCAGAUCUCCACCGGCGCCAAAGUGCCCACGAACUGCGUGGAGGUAAACAGCAAUCCUGGAAAUCUCUCUCAAGCUUACUGCUACAAAGUGUGUUUGACGCCCGAAUCUGCAAAGAGCGACUUUAUGUUUCUCAAGCCUUGCAGUCCCGGCACACCGAGAAAUAACGCGGCGAGAGGAGCGGACAACCUGGCGCUGAGCUCACAGAGCCGCUGCUCUUCAGUGAACAAUGGAGCGACUACACCGAACGAGUUGAAACAAGCAAACACUGACUGGGCCCUCACCAAAAAUCAAACUUCCUCUCUGAAAAGUUGCAACUCUAUAAACAUGGAUGGCACUCUGAUGCGUAAAGCCAUGCAGGCCGAACCGGAGAAUUAUGUGGGUCAAAUGGCUGCCGGACAGUACUGGACCUGGGGAACCCGCUCGAGAGAGUACCGGAUGCAUUCUCCAGCCAGUAGUGUUUCUCAGAGGGCCUGGACUCCUCACUACACGCCCCAACACAACCCCAGCCACCACCUGCAGCAGCAGCAGCAGCCCACGGCACAGGUCCACUCGCACCCUCCGCCGGACUACCAGCACAACGUCUACAUCCCCGGCACACCAUCCGGAUUCUGCACCCUGCGGCCCAGCUACCGCAGUGAGCUCGAUGUCCACAACUCAUUCUCCACCUUCGGCAAGAAACGUAGGUUCAUCUCUCCCAGCAGCUAUGACCCGCAUGACGACACGGGGGCAGAGGUCAUCAACAAUGACUUAUAUAAUGAAUAAAAUAAGACGAAAGGACCUAUGCUGUGAUGAUGAACAAAAAGAGUGACUUAUUACCAAAGCAUAGCACUCAUUAUGUAGUCUCAGCCUCAGAUGGACCGACACAGUCCAUUCAUUGACCAUCUGAUGCAUAUUGCACAUGCAAUGCAACUUCUGUUGAUUUAGGGAACAAAAAUGUUUUUAAAAUGACACCAGGUUGAUGUUAUGAACACUGGAUUUGCCAUAGUUUGCCUGGAUCGUGGCUUCAAAUCUUUGAAAGUUAUUCAGGAGCAGAACUGUAUAUUCCACUUUGUUUCCUCUCUGUGAACUUGUUUAGCAGGACAGAAGUUCGUAUCACAAAGUCUAAAAAUGCCUCACCUUUUUCUGAUUUCCAUGCAACAGUUUUGCAGAGAUUAUAGAGUGUAACAGUGCUUGACCACUUUCUCAGUGGACUUGGUUCCAGAAGUAUUUUUCCCAUUAGG